UCCAUCAGCUGGAGAGACCCUGGAGUUUGUUUCAUGGACGCAGUGGACAUGAAGACAUGAAGAGGGUGAUAUGUUACUAUCGGACAUCUUUAUCUGACAUGCAGUGAGAAACAUUUCGUGGACUUUUAAUCUGGUGUCAUGGGGGACUCUCUUUGAGGCUCGUCCCGGUGAAGGCAGUUCUUGUUGUGCCGGAAAUAAAAGAGUCGCAAAGGACAUUUACGCCGCGGUCGGCGCCGGAGUAAUCUGCACAUCGACUGGGAAAUGGUUUGUUUCGGAGUGUCACGCCGCGCGAGGCGCGCGUCAACGCCGUUGCGCGUGUAGGUCACCGGUCACCUGUUGAAGUUGCCCGAUGAGCGGUGCGAUUUUUCACCUUUUACUCACUCAAACAGGACGAUCUCCUUGCACGGCGCUUUCACAAAUGCAACGCGACCCGAUCUCCCUAUCCGCACAGUUUCCCGUUAUGUUGUAGGACUGUAGGAUGAGCGCUGAUUUGGAGCGCGCUUCGCCCAACAAAUCGGUGAACUCGGCCGGCUUGGGCGGCCGUGCGCUCUCGGCCAACGUCCGGAGGCUCCACAACGCUCUCAAUCUGCUGCUCAGCGACCUGGAGAGAGAGCAGUUCAUCCACUGUCUCAAUGUUUACCACGCCAAGCGCAACGUCUUCGACCUGGUCCAGACUCUAAAAGUGAUUCUUAACACGCCCGGCAAAAGACAAUUGCUGCCCAUGCUGCGCCUAGUCAUCCCGAGGUCCGACCAGCUGCUGUUCGACCAGUACACUUCCGAGGGGCUCUACCUGAAGACUGACUUGCUUUCUAGUAACGGUGCGGAGGGCUUUGGGGACGAAGGGGAUUUAACUCUGCAAAAAUAUGUCAGUUCCAUCCAGGAGCAGCCGCUCGCGUCCGGCUGCCCCGAUGGUUUCAGCAUCGCCGCGGAGCUGUCGGCUUCUGUGGCACCGCAAUUCUGCGAGAGCCCAUUUGGAGAGGUGCGCAAAGUCACCCUGACGCGCUCCAGAAGCCACGAGGGCGUGGGGUUCAGCAUCCGCGGGGGUUCGGAGCACGGCGUGGGGAUCUACGUAUCCCUCGUGGAGCCGGGCUCAUCCGCCGAGAGAGAGGGUCUAAGGGUCGGGGACCAGAUAGUGGCCGCGAACGACAUGGCGUUUGACAGUGUCACGCACAUAGAAGCGGUGAAGGUGCUGAAGGGUUGCAAGAAGCUGACCAUGUCUGUUUGCUCCAUGGGACGGAUCCCUGGAGGCUACAUCACCAACCACAUGUACAGCUGGGUGGAUCCUCAGGGACGGAGUGUCUCCGCGCCACCUGACGAUCUGGAGGCCAACCAGAGGCAUGGUCUCGGCAUGGAGGAGAGGACGGUAAACCUGAAUAUGGACGAUGGUCGCUCUCUGGGUCUAAUGAUCCGAGGCGGUGCUGAGUAUGGAUUAGGGAUCUACAUCACUGGGGUAGACCCUGGAUCUGCUGCAGACGCUGGUGCACUUAAGGUGGGUGACCAGAUACUGGAAGUAAACGGUCAGAGCUUUAUCACCAUCUCCCACGAUGAGGCGGUUCACAUCCUCAAAAGUGGACGCCACCUCCUGAUGAAAGUGAGGGAUGUGGGCCGCCUGCCUCAUGCGCGCACACUGGUGGAUGAGACCAAGUGGAUCUGCAGUCAGGCCAUUGCUGAAAGCAAUGCCACUGCAAACCCCAGUUCUGUCACCCACUCCAAUGUCAGUGAUGCCGUCAAUGCCAGUGCCUGCAGUUCAAGACCAGCUUCAGCCAGAGAAACCCCUGUAUUAGGACAGCCGUCAGGAUACAGAGGAGUGCUUCUUCCCGGAGCUCAGAUGUCUCUGGAGCAGCAGGCUUACAUGCUGCUCACUGAUACAGAGAAGCAGACCAUGGACUACUACCUGCAGGAGUACCAGCAGGGACACAUAGGAGUGGAGCCAUUGGUCAUGGCUCUGUUUGAGCUUUUCAACACACAUGCUAAGUUGUCUAUGUUCACUGAGGUAAGAAGUCUGGUUGCUCACAAGGAUCUGGAGAUAUAUGACAGUCUUGUGUUACACCGUGAGAGGGAGGCCCACCCAGCUUGGCAUCCAGGCCUGGGAGUGCUGCAUCCACAGGACCAGUGCAACCAUGCAGCUCCUGUCACCUUUGAAGCAGGACAUACUGUCCCUCCUAUGACUGAUGGCUCUCGUGGUAGCUUGACAGAGAAAGACCCAGAGGAGAAGACUCUUAAUGCCUUGCAACACACUUCACGGGAUGAAAUGCAGGCUCCUGGUGAAUCUCCUCCUUUCAGAGCUGUUCCUCAUCAGGCCAAGACCAGGUCGUCCAGAGAGCUGGAGCUCAGCCAGAAGCCUUCAGCACGGCUGGUGCAGACUGGUUCCAGCCUGCUCUUCACCGGCCCCACCCGGCUUUUCCACAACUGCCUCCACAAAUCACUUAAAUCCCUACCCACCAUCUCCCCAGACACUUCCCACCACACCUGCAGUGGUUCCAGCCACCACACUUCCCUCAAUGCGCUCCAUCACGCCUCCCAGAGCUCCCUCCAGCUCUCCGACGCUGAACACCACAACCACCCCAACUUCGCUCACCAUCUCCACCACCAUGCUGCCCACCAUAACCGGCCCAGUACAGGACACCAAACCUGCCCAGGCUUCCUGCACCACCGGGACUCCUCCAAGUCUGCUAAUCUAGAGGCAUCAGUCAAACUCUCGUCCAGAUCCAGUUCCUAUGAAAAGUCCUGCAUCUUGUCAAAGUCUGCGUCCUCUUCUAAAGCAGCGUCUCCUAUGCCAUCCCCUCAUAUAUCGCCCCGUCCCUCCCCGUGUCCCUCACCCUGUCCCUCUCUCAUUACACCUGCUGCUCCACCCUGCAGUCCUGAUCGGCCCUGCUCGCCUGCCUUCACUCAGAAAGUCAUGGUGACAGACAUGAAUCGAUUGUCUGCAGACUUGAGACCGCAGCAAAGAGGGGCCACGCUGUCCCAGUUGUCAGACAGUGGCCAGACUCUGAGCGAAGACAGCGGUGUGGAUAUUGCAGAAGCUGGAGGUCUCAGUAAGGACGGCAGCCCUCGGCCCAGCAAGAACCAGCUCGGCCAUCUGGAACACCCAGGGGCCCAUGCACCCCCCCCAGGAACCACCAGACAACAGACUAACUCACCCAUCCCAGCAUCUUCCACUACUCUUGUUCGAGUGGUGAAAAAUGCCAACACACUGGGCAUCGCUAUAGAAGGUGGAGCCAAUACAUGCAAACCUUUACCGCGCAUAGUCACCAUUCAGAAAGGAGGGUCGGCCCAUAUUGGCGGUCAGCUGAAAGUGGGUCAGGUCAUACUGGAGGUCAACAGCAUUUCCCUGAGAGGUCGGGAGCACAAAGACGCCGCCCGGAUCAUCGCUGAGGCCUUCAAGACCAAAGAGAAGGACCACAUUGACUUCCUGGUGUUUGAGCCGGGACUUUAGGAACUUGCACUUUAUGAAGCUUGGUUUAAAGAGACAUUGUUUCAUUGCUUGGGGGGAUCCGUGUGAAAGCCACAUGGUGUUGUCCUGUAGUAUCAGGGUUUAAGGGUUUAAAAAUGUGUUAUUUACUGAUUGCACUUGACAGAGAUUUGCACAAUUUUAAUUUAGAAGACAAUAUUAUAUUAAUAUUUGCUAUGAAAGUCAUACCUGGGUCAAAUGCUAUUUGCUAAUGUUUAACUGAUUUUCUUUAAUUUAACUUCAAGUGUCAAAGUUGUAAAGCAAUCAUAUCAUAGUCAGGAGAGUCAAUCAUCAAGUGUCUUGUUUGUUUUGUUAGUAUUAUUAUUAUUGAUCCAAUAUCGAAAGAGUCAGACAAGAGUUAAGUUUAAUAAUCUUACUAGUUUUGAUUUUUUUGUUGUAAUUUUUGUGAAAAUCAAAAAAUAAGAAAAAAAAUACCCAUUCAGUUUUGAAAGUAGAAAACCAGGUAGGUUGAAGAAGUUUAGCUAGAGAAACUACUACUUAAUUUUAAUAUUGACAACUUUUAAUACUGACAGGACUUGGACAGAGAACUGGGACAUUUCCAGCCUUAAACUCACAACCGACCAAGAACCAGGAUCAAACAAACUUCCUAAUUUGUAACAAGGGAGAAAAUGAAGAUGAAUUGUAAGAUUAUGAACCAAACUGUGGUGCCUGUUGAAACACCCUACUCUGGGUUCCUCUGUAACCUACUUCUUCUAGCCCCUCUUUUUGUGUGUGUGAUAUUUUUCAGUCCAUUUUGGGUUUGCGAAUGUCAGCAAAUAAUGUGGUGGGGUGCAGUGAAACCGCAACUGAUAAAAAUGAUUGAUGAAGCCCAGCAUGAACAUUUGUAAUAGUUUGGCGGUUUGAGUGAGAAGAACGACCGUGUCAUAGAGCUGAACCUCAAACACGGUGUUAGAUAGGGACAGGGCUAGGGACAGGAGUCUAGACGCUGGUGGUGGAGGAGAAGAAGAUGUAGUUAACAGGGGAAGAAUUUUGUAAUGAUCAUGAAGAGGUGCAGAUGAGCGAGGAGGGUUGCCUGUGGCCUUCACAGCACAGGGAUGAGGGUUUGAUUGAUGGAGAGAAGGCUGGUAAAUAAUUCAUUGGAUGAAAGUAGUGACGUAUAAAAUCAAGGACAGACUGACUUUUACUGUGUGGGAAAAUGAAAGAGACAGCGAAAUGAUAGCCCACAGUCACCAGAGGUUCAUGAGCAGACAGGUCUUCCUUACUGAACGUUCAGCUAAGUUUCAUUUAAAUUUCAAAGCAUUUCAAAACUAACAUUGUUGCAGAUACCAUUGGACUCAUGUCUGGCAUGACUCCUCCUACAUAUCGUGUACAUGAAGUGAGGAAAAUGAGUGUGACGCAUUAUUCUGCCUUAAAAGAAGCAUUUGAGUCGACUCGAUUUGAUUCCUCUGAUUCUUGAAUUGACUUUGACAUCAAACGUCAUCAAACUCAUUCUCCUGACAGGUUUAAGAGCCUGCAGCUCCUUUAUGAUGACCCAAAUGGUCCUUACUGGAGCACGUCCUGUCAUAAUCAUUUCCAAUACAUUCAUCUCUUCAGUAUUUUAGCAAUAUUAGCUGUUCUUCAAUAUCUCUAACACAAAUGCAGAUAGUACGACCAUUUGUAUACGCUGUAGAUAGCUUAUAGUCCCUACAUAAAAUAACUUUUUAUCUUAUAAUCUUAUGGUGCACAGUGGGGGAGCAUUUUUAUUUAUUGUAUGAAUAUCCCCAACAAAUUAACUAUGUUCCACACACAAUAUGAAACAGACACAGCGGAAAUGAAAUAAAUCCAUAUCCUACAUUCGGGUGAAUGGUGAUCAUGUUAUCUCUUAAAGAAAACACACAGCAUAUGAAAAUGACACUGACACCAGUUUAGGCAGGUCCACCUGUUUAAAACUAAAUGCAGCCACUUCAUAAGAGAAGCAACUUACAUUGAAGGAAAUGUUCUGCAAUACUAUGCAA